GUGCGCCUGCGCAGUGGAGCCCGGCGCUCUUGCCCGGAGUUUCUGUGAGGGUCCCGGCGGCGCGCGGCGACCCCAUGGCGGAGUCGGACCCGCUUUUGAGCCGUGCCCGCGGCGGCAGCGGCCGCGACUGCCGGGUCGGCUUACCCGCUUGCCGCAGCGUCCUAGUCGGCCCUGGUGCCAAGGCCGGGCGGGAUCUGUGCUUUGACCAGGCUGUGGUCUUCAUCGAAGACGCGAUCCAGUAUCGCUCCAUUAACCACCGCAUGGACGCCCGGUCGAUGUGGCUUUAUCGAUGGUAUUACUCGGACAUGUGCCAGUGGAUUUUGAGCUUCAUCAUUUUCUUGAUCCUGUCUCUGGCUUUCAUUGAGACCCCUUCCUCGUUCACUAGCACCUCGGAUGUCCGCUACCGCAUGGCCCCCUGGAACCCGCCCUGCGGCCUCACGGAGGCCAUCGAGGUGCUUUGCCUGCUGGUCUUCGUGGCUGACCUCUCCGUGAAGAGCUACCUGGUUGCGUGGGUCCAGUUCCGGAAGAACCUCUGGCUGCUGGGUUACCUUUUGGUGCUGAUCGUGUCUCUCAUGGACUGGAUGGUGUCACUGAGCCUCGUCUGUCAGGAGCCCCUGCGUAUCCGCCGGCUCUUCCGGCCCUUCUUCCUGCUGCAGAACUCCUCCAUGAUGAAGAAGACACUGAAAUGUAUUCGCUGGUCACUGCCGGAAAUGGCCAGUGUCGUGCUGCUGCUGGCGCUCCACCUGUGUGUGUUCACCAUGCUCGGCAUGCUGCUGUUUACCGGGGAGAAGCAGGAUGACGGACAGGACAGGGAGAGGCUGACGUACUUCCGCAACCUGCCCGAGGCUCUGACGUCCCUCCUCGUGCUGCUGACCACUGCCAACAACCCCGACGUGAUGGUUCCUGCGUAUUCCAAGAACCGGGCCUACGCCAUCUUCUUCAUAAUCUUCACCCUGAUAGGAAGCUUGUUUUUGAUGAACCUGCUGACGGCCAUCAUCUAUAAUCAGUUCCGGGGCUACCUGAUGAAAUCGCUCCAGGCCUCACUGUUCCGGAAGCGGCUGGGGACCCGGGCUGCCUAUGAGGUCCUCUCCAGCACUGCAGAGGGAGACGGCCAGCCUCGGGGAAUUGGGGUGAAGCCCCAGGACCUCCUGCAGGUGCUUCAGAAAGUGCAGGUGGACAGUACCUAUAAACAGGCCAUCAUGGAGAAAGUGCGAUCCUACGGUGGCAGCCUGCUGUCAGCUGACGAGUUUCAGAAAAUCUUCAACGAGCUUGACAAAAGGAUGACGAAAGAGCAGCACCCGCCGCGGCCCCAGUACCAGUCCCCGUUUCUGCAGAGUGCCCAGUUCCUCUUCGGCCACCUCUACUUUGACUACCUGGGGAACUUGAUCGUCCUUGCGAACCUCGUGUCCAUUUGUGUGUUCCUGGUGAUAGAUGCAGACGUGGUGCCCCGUAACCGUGACGACUUCGUCCUGGGGAUCCUCAACUGUGUCUUCGUCCUGUACUACCUGGUGGAGAUGCUGCUCAAGGUGUUCGCACUGGGCCUGUCGGGGUACCUGUCCUACCCCAGCAACAUGUUCGACGGACUCGUCACCAUCAUCCUGCUGGGUUUGGAGCUCUCAACUCUGGCUGUGUACCGAUUCCCACACCCAGGCUGGAAGCCGGAGAUGCAGGGCCUGCUGUCGCUGUGGGACAUGCUCCGGCUGGUGAACAUGCUCAUCGUCUUCCGUUUCCUGCGCAUCGUGCCCAGCAUGAAGCUAAUGGCCGUGGUCGCCAGCACCAUCCUGGACCUGAUCAAAAACAUGCGGGCUUUCGGCGGGAUCCUGGUGGUGGUGUACUAUGUCUUUGCCAUCAUAGGCAUUAACCUGUUCCAUGGUGUCAUUGUGGUGCCUCCUGGAAACGGCAGCCUGGCCCCGGACAACGGCUCGGUGGCCUGUGGGAGCUACGAGCAGCUGGAGUACUGGGCCAACAACUUCGACGACUUUGCGGCUGCCCUGGUCACGCUGUGGAACGUGAUGGUGGUGAACAACUGGCAGGUGUUCCUGGACGCCUAUCAGCGCUACUCGGGCCCGUGGUCGAAGAUCUAUUUUGUGUUGUGGUGGCUGGUGUCAUCUGUCAUCUGGGUCAACCUGUUUCUGGCUCUGAUUCUGGAGAAUUUCCUUCACAAGUGGGACCGCCGCAGUCACCUGCACUCCGUCUCUGGGGACCUGGAGACUACCUAUGAGAUGAGUACUGUGGAACUCUUGUUCAGGGACAUCCUGGAGGAGCCAGCAGAGGAAGAGCUGGUGGAGAAGCUGAAACGUCACCCGCACGUGCAGCUGUGCAGGUGACCCCCAGGUGUACCUUCCUGGCUGGGGCCGCGGAUGGUGUAGCGGCCUGGGCACUGAUGCCCGUCGCGGCCCGGAGGCAGAGACUUUCCCUGGGACAGAAGCACCCCGCCCACCUGAGGCUGGGGCAUCCCUGAGCAAGGCCCCUGGGCGCUGGACUGGGACCCCCUGCAGCUUCUCUGCAGCGUUGGGACAGCCACCAGCACUGGCGGCGGCAUCCACACCACACUCCUCUGUGAGCUUUCACUUUUCUAAGGACGGAGAGAGGGUGACUCCCCAGGGACCUUCAGACAGUCUGAAAAGCAAGAAGCAGCGGCUCCCCCAUGUGCCCUGCGAUGUUCCCGGUGCCUUGGCUGCUGGCAGCCGUCAGGGACCAGAGGCCCCCAUGGGGCCCACACAGGCUAUUGGCGGCUUUCCCGCCUCUAAGUUCGGGAUCCUGGUGGUUUUAUAUGAAGUGCAUCUUGGGUGUUUUUACUGUUGUAUGGCUUGGAUGAAUGUGGUUGGGUGUGUUUCUUUAUGGGUCAGAAUGCCAAUAUCAGUAAGUCUUGCUAAGAAUGAGAUUCUCAUCCUUACUUUGAACACAGCUCUAGUCUGCUUCUCGGGAGCAGGGCUGCCGGGUAAGGCUGUUUAGGUUGUGUACUGCACAAGGGGCACCUGGCUGCAAGGGUGUAUUCCAGCAUAGAGCUGUCUACCCGAGGCCAGGGGCACCUUUUUCUAAUUUGCAUGAAGGCACGUAUAAGCCAGUGGUGGCCCUCCUGGGUGUGUCCCCAGGAUGUGUGGCAGAGCGGGCUGGGAUCGGGAGGAGGGGAAAGUGAGCAGGGCGUGGCAGGCCACACUGCCACUUGAUACAGAUGACAGACGGUUUUCUCAUGUCAAGUGCCAACUCGAGUGACUAGCGACAGCUCCUGGAGGUCUCUGUUGAGGAAGAUUGGGACCCUCAUGGAGAAGAACGCUGGGAUCGAUUAGUGAUGUCUGCCAUGGGCACGGGUGCUGACCCUGCCCUGGGAAGGGAGCUCCUCAGUCUCUCUGUCUGGGAAAUGGGAUCAGAGGCAAGUUUUAAAAAGUAACUUCUAAAAUGUCAUGAAAGCACAGUGCUCGGGUUUGUAAGCCCUGGCGAUGCUUCAUAUGUCCACGCACAUUGCAGUUCCUGGUCCUGGACUUUAUCUGAAAUCCCGGGCAUUUACCUGGUAUCCCUCAGGUUUGGGGGAACUUUGGGGGUUGGAAGGACACCCCCAGACCUGCCCCCUCGGCAGGCUGUCUGGAAGGUAGGUUUUGGGUGGAGAGGACCUCAUGGAGCAGUGGGUUAGCAGUGUACACCCGACUCGCUUCACGGGGACCGCUUGGUGUCUGGACACAAGGGCGAGGGCCCACCUGGACAGCUGCUGUGCCGGCUGCAGUUUUUCCACCCGCAGGUCUGAGUGCCAUCUAGUGGCGGGAUCCGGUUCUGGUGCCCUUAUUGUUAAUACAAGCUGGAACCGGUGCCCCCAGGGACGGCUCAUGGCUUUUUCCUAGGCCAGCCGGAGGCUGGCUUCUCUCUGUUGCUGUGACCCUGCCUCACUGUCUUGGCUGCAGGCUUGUUCUACCGCACAGCCUGGUUGCAGCGGUCACUCGCUGGGUGGGACGUGCUGUGCAUGUCCCAGAUCUGAUAUCACAGGGCCACCCCUGCCCAUUUCAUGGCUUGCGGGCAGAGAGGCCCCUCUGAUUUUCACUGUCCUGAGGCAGAGAAUUCUGGACGAUCUGCACUGGCUCAGGGACACAGUGCUGGGCACAGGCUGGCUCUGCCCUCGGGAGGGUAACAAGCUGGUGUAAUCACACUGCUGCCUUCUGACCAUGAGCUGGGGUCUCGCGGGUGCUCUGGUGGUGGAGGGGGGCGGUGUCCGCCGGCUCCCGCAGCUCACAUUCCCUCUGUCAGUUUCCAAAGGUGUUUGUGUCUACGACUUUGUCCCAACGAGAACUAGGGCUGAACCCCACAAGGCUGGGCUUGGGCACGGCUGCUGGGUAAGGGGGCAGGGCCGUGGGGGUCGCCCUGCCAGCUGCGGUGACAGCUCGGGGCCGCCGUGCUGCACUAGAGGAGAACGUGUGCCCCCAUCUCCACCCUUGCAGCUCUGCUGGGGGCUCCUGUGGUUUUCUGUGGCUGUGGUGGCUCUGGUCGCCCUCAGCCUCUGGCUGGGCAUGAGAUACAGGGGCUCAGCUGGACCCUGUGGACCCUGUUGUCACCAGUGCAUGGCAGGAGUUGAGGACACCUGGGACUGGCACCGCUGCCCUAUUGCGGAGUUGGCAGGAGGAUCCCUGUGACCUGGCUCGGGGUCCGAGG